AUGAUAUACCAGGAGCUGAAAUACAUAGGAAUAUUCAGCAACCACGCUUGUUGGCUUUGUAGCCGCAGAAAGACAUGCAAGUGUGCAUAUUUUGUAGUCAGCGUCGCCUUCUGCGUGUUCAACACUAAUGGUGACUUUGACCAGGUAUUCUGCAAGCAGGUAUAUGAAGCUUUGCUAUUUGAUGUAUUAACCAGGUACAUGCUUGUGGGAUUGUGUCUACUGGUGGCAAUGUACGGUUUAAUUUUUUACAUCAACAAACCUCCUGAUUAUUCAUCCGUGAUUUUGACAAAUUUGGAUCCGCCACCUGAUCGAAAAAAAGACUCGGCGUAUGAAAACAACAUCAGUCCUGGAAAAUUAUCCAAACACAACCCAUACAUCCAAAGUCCUGUCAAUCAUGUUGUAUUUCUAAAGAUUCACAAAGCUGCCAGUACAACGGUUGCAAACAUCUUUGUACGCUAUGGCUAUGAAAACCAUCUUGUCAUUGCUGUGCCAAAAGGCCGUGGUGGGGGCGGUCCUUCAACAUCACCACGCUAUUUUUAUCCUCCACGAGAAAACGGAAAAUACGAUAUUUGCUGUGCGCAUGUCCCUUAUAUCAGAGAAGAAUUUGAUAAAGUAUUUCAUAAGGAUACUAAAUAUAUAGGAAUUGUAAGGGAGCCAUUUAGCCAUUUUAAAUCAUUUGUAAGUUAUUUUCGUCCCAGAAAUGUUGUCAAAUUACCGGGAAUAAAUCCAGUGUUGGAAUAUCUUGAGAAUGAAAAGCAUGAACAAUUUGAACGAUACAGUGUUGGCAGAGCCAUGCACAAGAUACACGAUUUUAAUUUGAUGGCAAAUGAGUUCGGAUUUCCCCAGGAAUUAUUUUUCAACAAGAAUCAAACAAAAAUAGAAAGUUAUUUACGCAAACUUGAUAUGGAGAUGGACUUCGUUUUAGUGGUGGAAUAUUUGGAUGAAUCUCUCGUGCUAAUGCGACGACUUUUAAACUGGGAUCUCAGACAUAUGUUACAUGCCAAUAUUCAUGUAAACAAGCGCAGAGAUGCUCGAUUGAAUUUUGGAUCAAAUGAAGAAAAUCUGUAUAAAGUGAGAUCCUACCUAGAUUACGCACUGUAUGACUUUUUUCUGCUUAAGUUCCAGACAAUUCUUAAACGUCAACAUCCGGAUUUUUAUGACGAACUUGCUUAUUUUAGAGAAGUCAGAUCGAGCCUUCGUGAUUUCUGUUCUGGAAUAUCUACUACAUUGGGAAAUACUACAAUUACAUUUGAAGGCAGUGAGUGGAACGAGCCGUUCGUACUCAAAAAGGACCAAUGUAAAUCAUAUGUUAGUAGUGUAAUGCUUUAUAAUAAAAUCAUAAAAGAACAAGGUCUAUGGAGAGAUUUGUAAACACGUGAAACGCUGUCGUGUUGCUAUGGAAACAGGGGUUCCAGAUUUUUCGUUUUUGUACAUAAUCAAAUGAUUGUUUGGCAUAAAGGUUUGCGUAUCAAUGUAUCAUAUUCCAAAUUUAGUUUCUUUUCUCUUUUUUCUUUUUUACAAUUUCUGUUGUAAAAAAAAAACGUAAAUUAGUAUUUGAUAAAAGUGUCCAUGAACUGCGAGGAAGAACAAAUAUUUAUGCUUACAUUCUGUGCGGUAUUUGCCAUUAUGUCGUUAGUAAACAAACUGUAGUCUACUGAGGAAUGUAUAGUUAAAUUUACAGCGAUUCGGCUAGUGUAGGAAUACAGCAAGUUGUCGCAUCAAAUGUAAACAGGAUCGUUUAGUCAAUGCCGGGAGCUAUUCUAACUGAUGACAACGAUACUCUGUCG